AUGCGAGAGAGAAAGAGGAACAGGAGUGGCCCAGCAGAUCGAAAUCCACGAUCUAUGCUUCUUCAAUGUUGUUGCAGCAACUCCCACUUCGUUGUUUCUCCCACAAUUGUUGGUUUUAGCUACCUUUUUCGUUUGCUUCCUGUUGCAGAGCACGUGAUGAGAGGAUGUGGGUCUAAGUGUUUUGAGUAUGAUGAAGAUAAAAUUCUGGGUUCCUAUUGUUUCUGGGGGAUGGGAACCAAAGUUCAGAGUCUGCCAGGAUAUUACUCAAUGAGAGAUUUUAAUGAGGAAUCCAGUAGUUGUGGCUGGCCCCUAUGUUAUGGAGAUAAAUCACUGGCAAAUGGGCAGUAUUAUCACAAUUAUCUGCAUAGUGCUGCUGCAGAUGCAUGUUCAGCACAUGAUAAGGAUGUUGUGAAGAAAACAAUGCUUGAACACGAGGCCAUAUUUAAGAAUCAGGUCUUUGAACUUCACCGCUUAUACAGAAUACAAAGGGAUUUGAUGGAUGAGGUUAAAAUGAAUGAUUUACACAGAAGCCAGAUAUCUGUUGAGACAUCAUUUUUCACAGGUCCCUUGGCUUCCCACAUAACAUCUGAAGAUGUUAAAAAAUGGCAGAUUCCUGGAUUUCCAAUAGUUGGAAGUUCUACUUCUGCUAGACCAUCUAUUUCAGGCGUUGAGGGCAUUCAUUCUCCUUUGAGUUCUAAGAAAGGAAUCAGUAAGCAAGCUGGUCUGUUCCCAUCCCCAAAUGGGAGUAGCUCGAAAGAUGUUGAGAUACUGGGGUUCAGACCCUCAAAAGUAAGGAGAAAAAUGUUUGACCUUCACCUCCCUGCUGACGAGUACAUUGAUACUGACCAGAAUGAGCAGCAUGGUGAUGAAAAGAUUAGUGGCACAACAAAAUAUCUUUCUGAUAGGAAUUAUAAGCCUGAAAAGGGAGGUGAUGUGAACCUUUUUUACGGCAAUGGUGGCCAGGAAGACAACACUUCAAGACUUGAGCGGUCUUUAAGAACCGUAAAUGGUUUAGCAGACUUAAAUGAACCUGUUCAUCGGGAAGAAACAAAUGAGGUUGCAUAUGUUUCUCCUGAAAGCCAUAAUCCCUAUCAAAGGGCAACUGAAUGCUCUGAUCUAUCAGCUAAACAGAAGUCAAGGUUCUUUGGAUUGUCCAAGGAAGAUUUAAUGAAUUCACAUCAUGGAAAUGACAGCUGGGCUCGAAAUAAUGGAUAUUUGGAUAAUGACAGGAAUGGGAAAAUGUCGAUUUCUUCAAUAGAGUCAGGGCAAGCUAAAAGCAAUCUGAAACCCAUUUCUCAAGUCCUCAAACAAGAGCAAUCACUUUUAUCUUCCCAAACAAUGAAAGAUGAAUUCAAUAAAGCUCAUGAACCUACAUAUGAUUAUCUAACUAAUCGAAGCAUGACUGAUUUGUUGAGGGAGAAGAAAGCUAGUGGGUUAGAUAUCAGUGAAAGAAAUCAUGAAUACUCUGCUAAUAAACUGUCAGAGUCUGUUGCAUCAUCACAUAGACAUGGUCUCCUUGCAAUUGCUCCUUCCUCAGAUUUAGCCAGGACUUGGUCUCAAUCAUCUUGGGAAAUGGCAAGUAGUAACGUAAACCAGAAGUUGAUAUCGGUACAGACACCUCCCUCUCCAUGUCUAAAUGCAUCCGCUGCCUUUAGCAGGAGUUCCCAGUCACAUCAGAGUAACGGGAUGUUGGGAGAUAGUUGGCCUCCUCGAAAUUUCAAUUCAAAGUUUAUUACCGGAUUUCAAUGUGAGGCAUCUGGGAAAAAUGGAUUUUACCCCAGGACUUCAUCUGGGACCAAGGAGCUUUCAGUGAACAUCUCUUCAAUUAGUUAUCUCAACCGGGAUAAUGAUUGCAAGAAAUUUUCUGAACAUUUGAACAAUGGUUCUGCAAACUGUUGCAAGAGUUCAAAUUUGAAUUCAAAUUGCAAUGAGUUGAAGUCUGCAAAAAAUAUUAACUUGAAUGAGAUGCUUUCAAAUGGUUCUUCAAACAACUUGGUUUCCCAGUCAGGUCUGGGAUUCAUGGAUGGAGAACAGAAGUAUGAGGAGCAGCUUGCACUUUUGCCUUGGCUUAGAGCCAAAAAAGCAUGUAAGAGUGAGGCACAAAAUGCUGGUAGAAGUUUAAAUGCUGUAGAUUUAAGUGUUUUCCAAGUUGUUUCUUUAUCUAACGAAGAUGAAUCUGGAAAGGGGUCUAACGGAAAAUUUAUGCACAAUCUAACUACAGGUUUGUGUUCAAAUGAUAUUGAGCCAAAGAGGACGGAAGUUAGAGAGAGCUCUAGUAAAAGGAAAAUUCUUGGUGUUCCCAUAUUUGGCGUACCUCAAAUAUCUUCUAAGGAGUCAUCUUCAUUCACUUCUCCAUCUAUCUUGGUUCCUAAUCCAUCUGACGCAGAAUUAGUGGAAAAUAAUAGGAAAAAACAGAUUCUUGAUAUUAACUUGCCUUGUGAUGCUGCUGUCCCUGAGUUGGACGAACAAACUGUCACUAAAGUUAUUGUCUGUGAGACAGUAUCAUCUACAACAAAAGCCAACUCUAGAAAUCAGAUUGAUUUGAACUUGAGUAUGAAUGAGGAGGAUGAAGCAUUUCUGCCAAAUAUGCCAACAACCAACUUAGAAACUAAGGGAGAAAUAGAUCUUGAAGCCCCUGCAGUUCCUGAGACACAGGAGGAUGCCAUUCCUGAAGAAAAGAAGUUUGAAACUCCUUCAGUAUCACCACUAGGUCCUCUGGGCACAGUUGAAAAGCUGCAGGAUGAACUUAUGAGGUAUGCAGCAGAGGCAAUUGUUGUCUUGUCAUCUUCUUGCUGCCAGCAAGUGGAUGAUGUCAUCAGCAGUCCAUCAGAAAGCCCGGUGGUGGACCCUCUAAGUUGGUUUGUAGAUAUAGUUUCCUCAUGUAUGGAUGAUCUGCAGAAGAAGACUGAUUAUCAAAACGAAAAAGAUGAUGAAAAUAAUGAAGAAUCUUCCUCAGAUGGCUUGGAUUACUUUGAAUCAAUGACAUUGAAACUGACAGAGACCAAGGAAGAAGACUACAUGCCCGAGCCCCUUGUUCCAGAAAACUUCAGAGUGGAUGAAACUGGAACAACCACAUUACCUACUCGGACACGAAAAGGGCCAGCUAGGAGAGGUAGGCAGCGGAGGGACUUCCAAAGGGACAUCCUUCCAGGCCUGGCUUCUUUAUCAAGACAUGAAGUAACAGAAGAUCUUCAAACGUUUGGAGGGCUUAUGAGAGCAACAGGUCAUGCAUGGCAUUCAGGAUUAAACAGAAGAAGCUCGUCUAGGAAUGGAUGUGGUCGGGGUAGACGGCGAUCGCAGCCACAGGUUACCCGGUCUCCUCCUCCUCCUCCAGUGACAACCAUUGAAACAAGCACCCCACUUAUUCAGCAGCUUAAUAACAUUGAUGUGGGGUUGGAGGAUAGAAGCCUAACAGGCUGGGGCAAGACAACCAGAAGGCCCCGCAGACAAAGGUUUCCAGCAGGUAAUCCUCCGUCCAUCCGGUUAAUCUGA